CUCGACUAACGAGCCAGCUCGCAUGCAUGCCACGCUCCACACCCAGCACCUCCUCACCUUGACCGUACACGUUCCAUCCCUCUCCCCCUUCUUAUUUCACUCUCUCCUUCCAUCUUCCACUGUUUGCAAAACUCUGAUUUCCCUUUUCUUCAAAAGCUUUGGUUUUUUUAGACAUGUUGCUGAGAGCUGCACCAGCCUUUUCUUUGUCAAAUCAUCAAGUGGAAACUCAGGCCCCCCUGUUUUCCAAUGUUUCUUUAUCUCAAACGACAUUUUCCCGUUAUUUUUCUUCUUCGAGUCAUCAGCUUUAUUCUCCAAGAAAUGGAACUGGGUCUGUCGUGGUUUGUGCCACCAAAGGGGCCAACCACAAGCCACUUAGCGGUGUCGUUUUUGAACCCUGUAAGGAAGUUAAGAAGGAGCUUGAUCUUGUACCCACGUUGCCUCAAGUUUCUCUGGCUCGCCAAAAGUUCACUGAUGACUGUGAGGCUUUAAUCAACGAACAAAUCAAUGUCGAAUACAAUGUUUCCUAUGUGUAUCAUUCUAUGUUUGCCUACUUCGAUAGGGACAACGUUGCACUCAAGGGUCUUGCCAAGUUGUUCAAGGAAUUAAGUUUAGAAGAAAGAGAGCAUGCUGAGAAAUUUAUGAAAUACCAGAAUAAACGAGGUGGAAAAGUGAAGCUGCAGUCCAUAUUGAUGCCCCUCUCGGAGUUCGAUCAUGCAGAGAAAGCAGAUGAAUCGUAUGCAAUGGAGCUCGCCUUAUCUCUUGAGAAACUAACAAAUGAAAAGCUCUUGGACCUGUACAGUGUAGCUGUGAGGAACCAUGAUGUGCAGUUGACAGAAUUCAUUCAAAGCGAGUACUUAGUCGAGCAGGUGGAGGCCAUCAAAAAAAUAUCAGAAUAUGUGGCUCAGUUAAGAAGAGUUGGAAAAGGACAUGGGGUGUGGCACUUUGAUCAGAUGCUUCUUCAUGAGGGAGAGGAAGCUGCUAUUGCAUGAGCCGCUUCAGUCCUUAUCAGAAGUUGUUUGUUUAAGUAGAUUUGGGUUGUAUGAGCAGUUCUUAAGAGUUAUAUCAAAGUAGAUUCAUGGAUGUCCUGUGUAGGUCCUGCUGCAUCCCACAGUAUCCCGCCUUUUGCUGGGGGAUGAAAAUGAAGUUGUAAGUAUGAAACUUGGAUUUCUCUUUUGAAUUUAGCACAAGGUCUGUUGAAAAAUUAAACUCAUCAGUUUUAUCUUUAAGAAAUUUAUAUUUUAAUUCUAAUAAUUAUAAACA